UAAAAACGCAGAUUUCCGAAUUGCUAGUUUUGUUUUCAAUGAUGAUCAAGACGAAAUGCAAAAGUUUAUUAAGUAAUGCCAGCUUGGCUUAUUUCCGUGGAUGUACUAUUUUAAGUACUUUUAAAUUCUUCGUAAAAUAUAAAGUAGUCUUUCAAAGAAUUAAAAAAUUAGUCAAACAAAUAGAAAAUCCCCAGACGGAAUAUCCGCUCAACAAUAACUUUCUGUAGGUACUUUUCUUGACAACUCUUCGACUGCAAUUGUGCUUUCGGGUACGUUUACGGUCAUUAUGCUGGCUGGGUGUUUGCAGAUAGAAUUUUAUUAUUGAUUUUUACUUCUAUUGUUUUUCGGUGCGCAGCUGCAAGAAGUCCACUAGCUCGUUCCAGAAUCAAUUUGUAGUUCAACACGUCUCAGAUUUACUAUGAAGCGUCAGAACGUUCGUACUCUAUCGCUGGUCGUCUGUACAUUCACUUAUUUGCUCAUUGGUGCGGCAGUCUUCGACUCCCUCGAGUCGCGGACCGAAGCGAAGCGUUGGGAAUUCUUGCAAGCGGUGAAGAAUAAUUUUGUUAGAAAGUACAAUGUCACCGCCGAAGACUACCGCAUGAUGGAAAUAGUGAUUAUCGAGAACAAACCACACAAAGCGGGACCGCAGUGGAAGUUCGCUGGUGCAUUUUAUUUUGCCACUGUGGUUUUGGCUAUGAUCGGCUACGGUCAUUCAACUCCAGUAACGAUUGGCGGCAAGGCUUUUUGUAUGGCAUACGCAAUGGUGGGUAUUCCGUUGGGUCUCGUCAUGUUUCAGUCGAUCGGAGAACGUCUAAACAAAUUCGCGUCGGUGAUAAUACGUCGUGCAAAACGCUACAUGCAUUGCACCCAAACCGAGGCAACAGAAAUGAAUCUUAUGUUAGCGACAGGCAUGCUUUCGUCCAUCAUAAUUACCACUGGCGCAGCAGUCUUUUCGCGCUAUGAGGGCUGGAGUUAUUUCGACAGUUUCUAUUACUGCUUUGUGACGCUCACAACCAUCGGGUUCGGUGACUAUGUGGCGUUGCAAAACGAUCAGGCGCUGAUCAAUAAACCCGGCUAUGUGGCGCUCAGUUUGGUGUUUAUACUAUUUGGACUGGCAGUAGUCGCCGCCAGUAUCAAUCUACUGGUGCUACGCUUUAUGACAAUGCAAGCUGAAGACGCCAAGCGUAACGAACAGGAUGCUCAGCAAGCCGCAGCUGCCGCUGCUGCUAUCUCUAGUCAACCGAUUGCCUACGAUGUCGAAUCAAGCAAUUUCAAUAUGCAUGGCAAAUUGCUAGCUAAUUCAAAUUAUACAACGGAGUACGAUGAAACCGUAUCAAUCUGUUCAUGCACAUGCCUCGGCGGUACAAGGUGCCUCAAUCAUGAGACAUUCGCUGAUCCCGACUUUCGGCCAACUGAUAUUAUUGAGAGUACUUUGAGUCUGAAGCGUGCGUCAGUUUGAUAUACAUAUGGGCUCCAACAUGGCGACGGGAAAAAAAUGUUGCUGUGAUUGUCUGCAUAUCUUGUAAGGUUCUGCCAAGUGUAGGAGAUAAACGUUGUACGUUGUCAUAAAAUAUUUUUUUUUAAAUCACAAAGUUUCCGAAAUUGGAACAUGUAGUAUGUAGCAUGAUAAAAACUUAACAAGGAAAAAUCAUUGAGAGGCAGUCUGAGGUUUGCCAGCAAUAGGUUUGUUCCGCAAGCUACUUGUAGAAAAACUCGAACAAAGUUCAAACUGUCAUACUUACAAAAAUUUUAGUGAUCGGACGUGUUGUGCUAUAAUAUUUUCAGCACUAACGGGCUUUUACAAGAUAUGUAUUUGCAUAUGUAAAUGCAACUUUUUUGUUUGUACCGUAUGUACCAUAUAUUAAAAUGUAUCAGAAAAUUAGCAUUUACAUAUGGGGAGAAAUAUCUUGUAAGUACUGUUUCGUUAAUGCAUUUUUGUAUGUUUGAAACAUUAAUACAGCCAUAUGCUUACAACAGUAGUACAAGUGUAUGGUUAGAGUACGCAUACGCUCUGAGAAACCACGC